AUGGCUGCCUCAUGGUGCCCUCCAUUAAAAAGUAUGGCAAAGGUUAAUGCUGAUGCUGCAUUAUUUGGUGAGUUGGGUGUAGGUGUGGGUAUGGGGACUGUUCUACGUGACCAUGAAGGUGUAGUUCUGUGGGCAGCUGCUUCUCAACUGAAGUGUAUGUGGGAUGUUGACAUAGUAGAAGCUAAGGCGAUUUUGCUUGGCUUGAAAAUGGCUCUACAAAGUGGUGUGAGGUCGAUUGUUAUGGAGAGUGACAACCUAAAGAUUAUUAAUAAGCUCAAGGAGUUAACAGCUGAGAUGCAGAAUUUCAUGAAAGAAUUGCGCAAGGUUGUUCCUAUUGGUGUUGUUGGUGGAUCUGACCUAAUUAAGAUAUCAGAGCAACUUGGUAAGACAGUUAUUGGUGACUAUGAUUAUGUUUUUGCGGAGAAUGGACUUGUUGCUUAUAAAGAAGGUGCAGAGAUUGGCAUCAUGAGCUUGAAGAAUCAUCUUGGAGAAGAGAAACUCAAGGAGUUAAUCAAUUUUACACUCAAGUACAUUGCAGACCUGGAUAUUCCUAUCAAAAGGGGAACAUUUGUUGAGUUUCGAAAUGGGAUGCUUAAUGUAAGAAAUUGUAGCCAAGAAGAAAGAGAUGAGUUUGAAAAGUAUGAUAAGGUCCACAAGAUACGUGCAACUAUGGUGUCUUUGUUGCGGGAGAAAUUUGGUCACUUUGACCUGACAUUUUCAAUAGGAGGACAAAUAAGCUUUGAUGUUUUUCCUCGUGGUUGGGAUAAGACCUACUGUUUACGGUACCUCGAUGCAUUCAAUGAGAUUCACUUUUUUGGUGACAAAACUUUUGAGGGUGGAAAUGAUCAUGAAAUUUUUGCAUCAGAGAAGACCUUAGGUCAUACAGGUAAGCUAUCGUUUAGAUUUGUUGAUGGUCAUCCAGAUCUCAGUCCAUCUCUUCAUGUUCUGUUACUACUCACAUAUUCUUCUUCUGCAAACAACCGUUUAUCAGCUGUCCAUGAAACACCUUGUCAAUUAAAAAUGUGCUCAGUGCUCCUUUUUUGGCAAUAAAAUGAACUUGUCUCUCAUUUAGUGACACUUCUGCGAUGAAGCAGUGUACAGAUAUUUUUCUUACCAAGACAGAUUGAGACGUCUGCUUUCCUGUUACACAUUGUGUGGUGACUGUUGACACUGGUCCUUUAAGACAAGAUUAUACACCAGAUUUAUACUAAAUGAAAUCAAACAAGGGAAGUAUUCCUACAAUCCUACUCGCCAAACUCUGUAAUUUGUAUACCUAAAUUUGGUUUUUCAUGUAGUAGGAAGAGGGGAAUAUUUUCUGGUGAUUGACAUUUUACGGCCCGUUUGGUUAGUGGUUAUAAAUAGUGGUAAUGGUAAUGAAAUUUAGUGUAAAUUUGUAAAGAUUUUCACAUGUCCAUAACCAUGGGAAUGAAACUUUAUCACAAAACAUGGGUGUUCCUUUAUAAAUUUUCAUUACCACCUAAUACCACCUUCCCAAGUGGUAAUGGAUAGUAAUGAAAUUUUAGGAAGAAAAUGGAUAUUUUGUGAUUAAAUAGCAUUACCAUUGGUAAUGAUAUUGGAUUUCUAGUAUAAAUUUACACUAUAAUGCAUUACCAUUCCCACCAUUUAUAACCUCUUACCAAACAGGCCGGGUUCAUGUAAUCAUUCACAUUUACAUUGUAAUUUUAAGUUGCUAAAGGAACAAAGGAGCACACUUUUUUUUUUCCUUUAUAUCAGUACUGUUUCUAUAGCAUUUCAACUA